AUGCUUCCUUCUUAUUCAAGAAGACUUGACCACGUGGGAACCAAUUGUGCAUUGAAAUCAAGAGGGCUGAAGGUUGAGCAAUAUGGGAAGUGGAAAAUAGCAGUGAAGGAGGUUUAUAGUAUUUUUGCUGAGAAUGGAAUGAAAGGUAGACGUUUUAGUUUGGGUGAUGAUAACUCAAGUUCGGUGGCUCUCGUCCAUAAGGGGUGCAGUUUCGAGCAUAAGAGGGGCGGGUAUCCGGUGUUGUUAGGCCUUUCAAGACUGCCUUCACUGUCCAUGAUGAUGGGGGAAGGGAUGUGGUAA